GAAUGGUGUUUUAUUAUCAUCACAUAUUAACUUUUUUUUUUUUCCACCCGUCAAAUUCCUGAGGAGGCGCUGCCUCCCUUGCCUCCCCUGACGACGACUGGUCACCAGUGUUUUGCAUUGUUAAGUUGAACUCUGUGUUUGUGUGUGUGUGUGUGUGUGUGUGUGUGUGUGGUGUAUUGGUGAAACCAGUCAUUGGACUCAACAUUUCAAAGUGUAUUAAAAUGGUUAAAGGUGGAAAGCAAUAUUCUUCAAUUAGCAAUGAUGGAAAGUGGUUUGCUCACUCAGUUUUACCAGAGACUGAGACAAGAAAUCGUUGGACUUGCACGAGCACUGGGAUCAUGCUAAAUCAGGUCAUGUCAUCGUUGCCUCAGACUUUACAGUUUGAACGCUAUCCUAAACAGAAAUCUGAGCAGAAAUCUAGAGAAUAUCCAUUCUCAGAGCAUGACAACAGACAUUCCUUCAAAGAUAGCAUCUCUGUCUUCACUCAUGGUGUGGGGCGGAGGAAGUGUCUCGAUGAUCGCAGUCAGCACAGCUCCCAUUUCCGCCUGUGCCACGAUGGAGGUGUCAGCAGCACGGCUGAGACUGGGGGGAACCUCACAGUCUACAAGACCGACUUCAUGGGGAAGCAGGCAAAUGUUCCAACCACCACCAGACUGUUCCCCCGCAACCACAAGCAGAAGUCUGCUGAGGCAGCUUUAGCACAGGCAGAGGAGCAAUUCAUGUGGUUUGGACGACAUGACCUCUUGGAGACCCCACAAGAGCUGACUGCUACCAACUGCUCAGCAUCUUCCUAGUUCUGAGAUACUGGUGCCAUCUAAGGCACUGAAUGGCAUCAUCACUGAGAUUCAAAUGAACUUUAUUGAUGGCCAGCUUUCAAAAUAAAAACUCAAUUAGAAUCA